UUUCUUCAACGCAAAAGGGUGCAGUUCUUAAACAUGACCCAAAUGACUUGCUGUUCAAGACCUUCUGAAGUGUUUCUUUAUUUUUAAGGUGUGUGUGUUUGGAGUCAGCGGGGUCAUGUUUAUCAGUCCUUUGAUUCUCAGCUUUCCACACGCCACCCAUUUCAGCAAGGCCUAUACAGCCAGUGCUAGACUAUGCUAUUUUUUGACAAACCAUUUUGAAAGGUUUAGAUGUUUAGAAAAGUGAUGUUUAGCAUCCAGUGGACUGAAUCUCUCGUCCCUUAAGCAGCAAUAUGUUGUUGUUAUUUCCCAGAAUCUCCUGUCUUUACGCACUCGUGUAGUUUCCAUCUGUUGUGUAGCAUCUGUUCAUCUCUCAUGCCUCAAGGCCUCUCCUGACAUACAUAGAAAGCACAUAUUUAAAGCGAAACCAUUAUGGUUUUUAAUAUUUUUGUCUUGUUUGUGAAAUUUGACUACUGAUGUUAUUACGCACUUAGCCGACGGAUUAGCAUUGCCAUCAUCUGAUACUGAAUAAUAUCCACACAGAGGGACAGCAUUGCUGAUGAAAAACGUGGAUUGUUGGGCACCACAAAACUCACACUAAAUGCCAUAUGUGCAGUGACUUAUUAAUGCAGAUUGGCCCUUACUUGCAGAGGUUUCUAAGCGAGGAGAUAAUGAGAGUUCACACACAUACCAGGUUCUGCUUUCUCUGCGUGCUGACCCUCCUGUUUCAUCAGUGCAGUCACUGUCAUGAAGGAGGGACUCACCAUCACCACGAACACAGCCACGGUGAGCGCAACCAUGACCACGACCAUGUCCACAGCGAUCUGCAGAUUUCAGAGACGUCGUGUGAUGGUUUGUCACACCGGUUAAUGCACGGCAGCCAUGGGGAACCUGCGAAGAACGAGCAGCAUUACUACAUUCAGCAGUUGUUCUGUCGGUACGGUAAAAAAGACCGUCUGGACUUUAAAGGCUUCCAAAAUCUGCUGCUAAGUUUAGGGUUGGGUGAGAUACGAGUUGUGGGGCUGGAGCACGAGGAUCUUGGACACGAUCACGUGGCCCACUUGGAUAUUCUAGAAGUUCAGGAAGGCCGGCACUCGCAUACUGCAGGCCAUUCGCACACUCACCAGAAAUCCAACGUCUCACACAAAACCCAACACUCCCAUCCCGAAAAGGAACAUACCUCUAGUACCGAGGAACCACCUUGUAAACUUGACGCUGGAGCUGUGAGAAUAGGUGACAGCCAACCAGACAAACACAAUCAUGAUGAUGAUGAAAAAGACACAACUGAAGAUCAUGAUCAUGAACACAGACAUGACAUAGAAAAUCCCCACGAUCAUGACCAUGAGCACACACACUCGCAUACACACGAUCACGGACAUGACACCAACGCACAACUGGAUCAUGACCAAAAAACUAGUGAACAUACCCCAGAAAACAAUGACCUCAGUGAGGACCACAAGCAUGACCACCAUCAUCAUGACCACCACCAUCACAAGCACCCCCAUCCUCAUCUCCAGCACGUUUCGGACAGCGGAGCGGCGAGUGGCGGAGAUGAGCACGAUCACAGCGGUCAGGAGCACAGCCCAGAUAAACAAACAAGAGCGAAGAGAGAGGUGCCAGGAGCAAUGGUGGCUCCAUCCAAUAAAUCACAAGCACAUCACCAACAUGAGGAGUGUUUGAAUUUAACACAGUUACUGGACCAGUAUGGACUGAAGUCAGAGUCCGUCAUCUCUCCAGUACAGUUCACUUAUUUAUGUCCAGCACUGCUAUAUCAGAUUGACAGACGCCUCUGCAUCCAUCAUUACCAUCAUGUUGAGACCGAAACACUCCAGGAAACAUCUUCAGUGUGGAUCUGGAUUUGGGGUUUCGUGUCCAUCACCAUCAUCAGUCUGCUGUCUCUGCUUGGCGUGAUUCUAGUGCCCAUCCUCAACCAGUCCUGCUUUAAGUUUCUUUUGACCUUCCUGGUAGCACUGGCUGUGGGAACCCUAAGCGGUGAUGCUUUACUGCAUCUACUACCUCACUCUCAAGGAGGCCACGAACACAGUCAUGGAGGCCAAACAGAGCAUGAACAGGAGAAUGAUUUUCUGAUCAAGUUUGAUGGUGUUUGGAAAGGACUGACAGCGCUUGCAGGAAUCUACCUCCUCUUUAUUAUUGAACAUUGCAUUGGCAUGUUCAAGCACUGCACGGACCAAAGGGGAAGCAUCUGCCAGAGAAAGAAGAAAGGAGAGCAGACAAAGAUUGGCAGUAAAUUGUCAGACCACCAUCUCAACAGGCGUUCAGAUGCCGAGUGGCUCAAUCUAAAACCUCUAACAGAGGGAGAAGGUACAACAUGUGAAACGGGACACAAUGACACACAGAUGACCGAGUUGCAGCCUCUAGAUUCAUCUAUCACUAUCCCGCUAAGCAUUUCUGAUUCCGAUCACCCCAACAAGGGGGCCAUAAAAACACCAGAGGACAGUGUACCAAAGGCAAAGACAAAAAAGCAUGGACAUGGACAUGGACACGGGCACGGGCAUGGGCAUUCCCACCACGGACACUGCCACUCUGACCAGGAAAUGAAAGAUGCGGGAAUUGCCAGCAUAGCAUGGAUGGUAAUCAUGGGAGACGGCAUGCAUAACUUCAGUGAUGGACUUGCUAUAGGUGCUGCUUUCAGUGCAAACAUCACAGGAGGCAUCAGUACAUCCGUCGCUGUCUUCUGUCAUGAACUACCCCAUGAACUGGGUGACUUUGCGGUUUUAUUGAAGGCUGGAAUGUCAGUAAAGCAAGCAAUUGUGUAUAACGUCCUCUCUGCCCUCAUGGCAUACGCCGGCAUGGUGAUCGGCACAGCUGUGGGUCAAUACGCACACAACGUCACCAGCUGGAUCUUUGCGGUUACCGCUGGCAUGUUUCUCUAUGUGGCAUUGGUGGAUAUGUUGCCAGAGAUGCUUCAUGGUGACAGCGAGGAGCACAAACGCUGUGAGAUGGGUCACUUUGUCCUGCAGAACUUUGGCAUGCUCACCGGGUUUGGCAUCAUGCUACUGAUCGCCAUCUUCGAAGAUCAGAUCGUGUUUGACUUUGGCUUCUAGGAAUCGGGGGGAGGCGUCAUUCAUCAGCUACAUUCACACAUGCUUUGCCUUAAAGUGGCUUUGUGAUGGUACCGUCUCAAAAGACAGAAUCAGUGGCUUACAGUGGACAUAGACAUGUUUACAUUUUAUCACUCCUGCAUCCCAUUGCUUGAAUUUUUCAGGAUCUCAUCUAGCUAUAGCUGCUGUGCCCUUUUCUUUUGUUCUUAUUCCUUUGUCGGAUCUAAACAGACACAUCCACAGCAGAUUUCUGUGAGGCACUCCCCAUUAUUUGGGUUAUCCCUUUAAUAUAUAUAGAGGGAGAAUAAUACUAGAGAGAAGCAGCUAUCUGUUAGUUACCCAUUCAUUUGAGUGUUGAUCCGUGUGACAUGUUUGGCCCUUUCAUUCAUCUGUAUUGUAGCUCGCAGUCCAUUUAUGACUGGUGUCUUGUGCUGUGUAUGUCUAGUGUUUCCAUCAUUGCAGUGCCAGGCACAAAACGUUCUGCUAAAAUGGUGCAACAGAGCCCAGCUUUUUUGUUUGUAAUUUAUUGACACCUACUGUCGAGACCAUAGCAAACAACCAACUUUAUUCUCUUUUAAAGAGCCUACCUUCUUACUGGUUUACACGUUGCUGCCGGUAUUGACUACUUGUUUUUUUAUUUUUUGUUACACUAUACUGUUCAUAGUGAUGGGAGAGUUUUCAGUCUUAGAAUAUUUUUUUUAUUACUAUUAUUGGUUAGGAUUGUACAAUUGUUUUGGCCAAGUACUAGUAUUUGAAGAAAAUAGUUUGCAACCGUGUUAUGAGAAAACCUGACACUGUGCUGCUGCAAGACCGAACAUAUUCAGAAGGUCAACUAAACACAGUAACUGAACAAGUCCAGUAUUAACUCCAAUAAUGAAGCAUUGUGAUUUUGAAAUGAAGAACACCUAGCUAACAUAAUAUAGGUACAUCAAGAAAUGAAUUAGUUUUUCUUAAAGUCUACUUGAUUGUUGAUGAAUUAGCAUUUAUGAAGCAGACUACUUGCUUUAUUUAACUGUGGAGUAUUUGCAUAGUCAAAUGUUGUCAUGGCUGUGACAAUUAAAAAUAUGAAGGUGAAUUUUGGUACAUCUAGGUUACUGUUAGAAGCUGAUGUUAAGGUGAAAUCAUGUUCCCAAGAGGAAAUUUGCUAUCGACGAUUCUUACUUGGGUUAAACAUGCAGACAUUUUCACCUUUUUCAGGUUUUUUAUUACAUUUAAGUUACAUGAUUUACAGUACACAUUUUGGGAGAACCAUCCUUUUUUUUACUUAAUUGUAAAGAAGUACUCCAGCCAAAUAUAUGUACUCACCCCUCAAGCAACCUGAGAUGCAUAUGUCCAUCAUCUUUCAGACGAACCCAAUCGGGAGUUAUUUUAGUAAAUGUCCUUGUUUUUCAAGCUUAUAAUGGUAGAAAACAGGAAUCAGAGAACUUUUGACUUUAAAGCCCCACACGACUCCAAAGAGUUAAUAAAGGUCUUUUGCAGGCAAUCGGUGCGAUUUUGUUAGAAAAAUACCAUAUUUUAAACAUUAUAAAUAUAUAAUAACUAGUUUCUGGGAACGGUGCCAUGUUGGAUUCACAAGUAAAUGUGCAACAAAUGCUGACUACGCUAAAACUCUUGUGAAGCGUGAGUCCAAGAUGGUACCUUUACUGGAAGCUAGUUAUAACCAUUUAUAAAGUUUGAAAUCUAGAUAUUUGUCUUACAAAAUAGCAUCGAUUACCCGCAGAAGACCUUUAUUAACCCAUUGGAGCCUUGCGGAUUACCUCCGUGAAGGAUGAAUCCACUUUUUCGGGGGUUUCAAGUUAGAAAUUGUUUCAUGAUCCUUGUUUUCUACCAUUAAAAAAUCUUGGAAGGAUAUUUACUAAAAUAACUCCAAAUGUGUUGUUUUGAAAGAUGUUGGACAUAUGUAUCUUGGAUUGCUUGAGGGCGAGUAAAUCAUGGGGUAAUUUUGAUAUUUGUCUGGAGUAUCCCUUUAAGUUAGCUAUUACGGAUUCAUUUUGACAAUCAAAACGUUCUUAUUGUAGACACAUUUCAAUGCAUCAUAUUUCGAUUGUUGAUCUUUGUGCACUUGUAGGUUUAUGUGAGCGUGCAACAGUUUUGAUUGUGUCAUAUACAGGCUGUGGUUCUGAAUUUGAGCACAAGCACUGCCUAUGCCCGCAGUCACCUCUACACAUUCCAUUGGCUGUAUUCGCUGCUUCAGUCCUCUACUGUCACGAGUUAGUGGGGCAUGUUAUGUGAUUCAUGCUUAUCCUGUCACCAUGUGACAUCCCUUUAUUUGUUCUUGUUAAUUGAAUUAAUCAAAUGUACCUGAUUGGAUGAAAACAUGCAUGAGACAGGUGGAAGAAGAAAACAGUUUUUGUCUGUAUCAUUUCUGCUAUUAAAAAUAGAGAGAUGAGAACA